ACUUUCCACCUAAACCCAGAGCGCUAUGUGAGAAAGAAAAAAAAAUGACAAUCAACGUAUAUAAAACUCAAUCACUAAGGCCAUUCCUCUCCACCACUUCGAACUCCCACGUUAAAACAUUCCCUCCACUUCUCAUCCUCUCCAUCAUUCUCAUUCUGUCAUCACCAAUGCCAGAAAACAAGCAUUCCCCCAUAUUCCGCGUUCUUGUUCUCUUCCUCCUCCUCCUCCUCCUCAGCUCGAGAACCUCGCUAUGCCACACCAAGGGGCUGAGGCCCAAGAGCUCGGCCGGGAAGCAGCCACCGCAGAACGUGACGCGGGCCCAGUUCUCCGAGCAGCAAUUCAUGAAGUGGGUCAAAUUCGUGGGCGGCCUCAGGCACUCGGUGUUCAAGGCCGCCAAGAACAAGCUCUCCCCUUCCUACACCCUCACCGUCCACAAGAACCCCGCCGCCGGCGACUUCACGACAAUCCAGGACGCGAUCGACUCACUCCCCUUCAUCAACCUUGUGAGGGUCGUGAUCAAGGUUCAUGCAGGAGUUUACACGGAAAAAGUUAAUAUUCCUCUAUUGAAGUCCUUCAUCACAAUUGAAGGUGCGGGGGCAGAUAAGACAAUAGUCCAAUGGGGAGAUACAGCACAAACACCAGGGCCAAGAGGCCAGCCCAUGGGGACUUAUGGUUCUGCUACUUUUGCCGUCAAUUCACCAUACUUCAUAGCCAAGAACAUCACCUUCAAGAACACCACACCGGUGCCGAAACCAGGAGCAAUAGGGAAGCAAGCGGUGGCGUUCCGGAUAUCGGCGGACACGGCGGCAUUCUGGGGCUGCAGUUUCUUGGGAGCUCAGGACACACUCUAUGACCAUCUGGGCAGGCAUUAUUACAAGGAUUGUUACAUUGAAGGCUCUGUGGAUUUCAUCUUUGGCAAUGCCCUCUCACUCUUUGAGAGUUGUCACGUGCACGCGAUAGCGCAGAACAUGGGCGCGUUGACGGCUCAGGGGAGGAGCAGCAUGUUGGACGACACGGGGUUCUCUUUCCUCAACUGUAAGGUCACAGGUUCGGGCGCGCUCUAUCUCGGGAGGGCGUGGGGUCCCUUUUCGAGGGUCGUCUUCGCCUACACCUGGAUGGACGACAUCAUCAUCCCCAAGGGCUGGUAUAACUGGGGAGACCCUAAUCGCGAAAUGACUGUGUUCUAUGGGCAGUACAAGUGCAUUGGACCGGGGGCAAGCUUUGCAGGGAGAGUGUCAUGGUCAAGAGAGCUCACCGAUGAGGAAGCCAAGCCUUUUCUCUCCCUUAGCUUCAUUGAUGGCUCCGAAUGGAUCAAGAUGUAAGGCCACCAUUGAGAUCAAGAGAUGUAGAAUCUGCCAUUAUUCUUGUCCCAAAGUGAUGUUUAGGUAUAUGUCGACUCGCUAAAAUUGGUAUACGAAAUGACGCUACCGACGACUUUUUACUAGACGUUGAAUACAACCCGCUCGUUUAAAAUACCCGUAUGCAUUCUCGGAAAA